AUGGCCUGCAGUGGCAAGCGUCUGCUCUUCCUUGCUUUGGCAUGGGUACUGCUGGCUCACCUCUGCAGCCAGGCAGAAGCAGCAAGCAGCUUCGACUGCUGCCUCAAGUACAGACAGAAGAGUCUUCCUUUCAGAGCUAUUGUGGGUUUCACAAGACAGACAGCCGAUGGAGGGUGUGACAUUGAUGCCAUCAUCUUUCACACAAAGAGGAAAAUAUCCGUGUGCGCUGAUCCAAAGCAGAGCUGGGUGAAGAAGGCUUUGAAACGCCUCAGGUAUGAAUCCCUGAAAGACAAGCAGUCUCUCUCCAAUGAUGAGGCUAAGGGAGCAGAGGGUGGAUCAUGGGCCCAUUAG